AUGAGCUGGGUCUUCCUCAGAGACCUCCUAAGUGGAGUUAAUAAAUAUUCCACUGGGAUUGGCCGGAUAUGGUUGGCGGUUGUAUUCUUAUUCCGUCUACUGGUCUACAUGGUGGCUGCUGAACACGUCUGGAAGGACGAGCAGAAGGAGUUUGAGUGCAACACCCAGCAGCCCGGCUGUGAAACCGUCUGUUUCGACCACUUCUUCCCCAUCUCCCAGGUCAGGCUUUGGGCCCUGCAGCUGAUCAUGGUCUCCACCCCUUCCCUCCUGGUGGCUCUCCACGUGGCCUACCGCGAGAGCCGUGAAAAGCGGCACAAGCAGCGGCUCUACUCCAACCCGGGCAGCAUCGACGGGGGGCUCUGGUGCACUUACCUCAUCAGCCUCGUUUUCAAAACCGCCUUCGAAGUCGGCUUCCUGGCCUUGUUCUACCAGGUGUACGGCGGGUUCAACGUGCCCCGCCUCGUGAAGUGUGACCUGGGGCCUUGCCCCAACACCGUGGACUGCUUCAUCUCCAAGCCUACCGAGAAGAAAAUAUUCAUCUACUUCCUGGUGGUCACCUCCUGCCUGUGUGUCGUUCUGAAUGUCAGCGAGCUGAGCUACUUGGUGGUCACACACUGCGUCAAGUGCUGCCUCCGCCGCUAUCGCCCCGGAGCAAAGGCUUCGGCCUGCAAGUGCCACCAGCUCAACUGUGCCGGUGGCAGAGAGGUCAUGGCCUCCGCUCUGACCCCGGCUCUCGUUCCAGAUUCGGCCUUCCGUGUCCUCGUGGAGCCUGAAGGGAAGCUGCCGGAGGGCUCGUUGGAGGGAUAG